UACGUGCAUAUAUUGUGUUGUUAAGGUAAUUUGCAUUUUUAUGCAAAGUUUCAGAUUAAAAUUUUUUUGAGUCAUUAAAAAACGACUAAAUUUCCGGCAACUAGUUAGUUCUUAAAAUAAGCACUAGGGGACCUCAAGAGUUUAUCCGGUCGGGUAGAAGCUUCCAAUUUUUCCCAUCAUUUCUCGUUGAACUUUCGGCAAUUAAGCGUUGUUUGGAAUUUUAUAAGUUUGUGGUUGAAUUUAUUGAAAGUUAAGAUGGCGGAUGGUUACGGUGGAGGCGGCGGUGGAUACGGAGAUUAUUCUCAACCACCCCCAAGCACCUAUCCAGGCUAUGGCGCAUCUGCUGGAGGCUAUCAAGCCGCGGCUCCUGCCUCUGGAGGAGGCGGUGGUGGUGGCGGUUCCUGGGGCCAAAGUAGGGGAGGCCAAGGAGGCGGUUAUGGAGGAGGUCAAGGUGGUGGAGGUGGCUAUGGUGGCCAACAAGGUGGUGGAUAUGGCGGCUCCAGUGGAGGCGGAGGUGGAUAUGGUAACGGUAGCAGUUAUGGAGGAGGUGGUGGUGGUGGAGGAGGCUAUGGAGGCGGAGGUGGAGGAUACGGAGGUGGUGGCAGAGAUCAAAGAGGUGGUGGAAGAGAUAUAGAAAGACGAGACAGUUAUGGAGGCGGCAACAGGGGUGGUGGUUAUAAUAAAGAUAAUUUAGUAAUUCAAAUGGAUACAGUCUUCGUAUCUGGAAUGAACCCAGAUUUAACUGAGGAUGAUAUUGAGCAACAUUUUGGAUCUAUUGGUAUUAUUAAGUUGGACAAGAAAACCCAGAAACGCAAAAUCUGGCUGUACAAAGAUAAAGCGACGGGCGUGAGCAAAGGCGAAGCCACCGUAACCUAUGAUGACCCCAACGCAGCGCAAUCUGCAAUCAACUGGUUCGACGGCAAAGACUUCCAAGGAUGUAUGAUCAAAGUGCAAUUGGCCACCAAGAAAGAUACCUGGAGUGGAGGCGGUGGUGGCGGCGGCGGCGGACGCGGAGGUGGCCGUGGAGGCGGUGGUGGCUUCGGAGGACCCCGAGGCGGUGGUCGUGAUGGAGGAGGUGGCGGUGGUUUCGGUGGAUCACGAGGAGGCGGACGUGAUGGUGGAGGCCGUGGAGGCGGCGGCGGUGGUGGCGGUCGCGACCGGGAAGGCCGCGAAGGAGAUUGGAAGUGCCCCAAUCCAGACUGCAACAACACAAACUUCUCGUGGCGAAGCCAAUGUAACAGGUGUAGCGAACCCAAACCAGAAGGUGCCGGAGGCGGUGGUGAUGAUGACAGAAGAGGCGGUGGCGGCGGAAGAGACCGCGACGGUGGUGACAGAGAUAGACGAGGUGGUGGUGGAGGCGGUUUCCGCGACAGAGGUAGCCGAGGAGGUGGAUUUGGUGGAGGUCGCGGUGGCGGCGGCCGAGGAGGAGGAGGAUUUGGCGGUGGACGCGGUGGUGGAAGAGGUGGCGGUGGUCGUGAUGGCGGCGACCGAGGAGGUGAUAGGAGACCCCGGCCAUAUUAAAAGAUUAAUGUCCUUCCUUUUGUAUGUUGUAACAUUGCCGAGUGUAAUGGUUUUUAUUCAGUGAUAAUUGCACAUUUUUCGGACAAUUUAUUAACAGUAUUAGACAGCGCUAAUGAUUCAUAUAGAUGAAUACCUAUUUAAAAUUAAGAAAAGAUACUGAAUGUUUGAAAAUUGGCUGCCUGUCUAAAAUUGUUCUUCUGAAUACAUGUAAUAUUUAUAUUACGUGAGUGUAAAAUCAAAUUUUAUUUUCCACAGUGGAUGUACAAGACUUAUUUAUAAUUUCAGUAUGUAAAGUAAUAAAAUAGGUUAAGUUCAAUCAAUAA